CGGCAGCGCGAGUCAGUCGCGCCGAGAGCGCUGGGACCGGACAGCUCCGUUCGUCGAGGGUCUCCGGUUGGCUACGCGCGAUCUCUCUGGGCCAUGGCACCUCCUGCCAAGGGGACGAAGGAGCAGUCAGAAGAGGGCGACCCCCUGGAGCUCCCUGUGUCCCCCAAGCCUGAUGAGGAGCAGAGCAGCAGCCAGAGCCCCAUCCAGCUGGAGGACUCUUCUGAGACCGGCGAGGAGCGGGAGGAAGAACAGGCCUUUCUGGUCAGCCUCUACAAGUUCAUGAAGGAGCGACACACGCCCAUCGAGAGGGUCCCCCAUCUUGGCUUCAAGCAGAUUAACCUGUGGAAGAUCUACAAGGCAGUGGAGAAGCUGGGGGCCUACGAGCUGGUGACAGGCCGCCGACUCUGGAAGAACGUGUAUGAUGAGCUGGGGGGCAGUCCAGGCAGCACCAGCGCGGCCACAUGCACGCGCCGCCACUACGAGAGGCUGGUCCUCCCAUAUGUGCGGCACCUGAAAGGGGAAGAUGACAAACCACUGCCCCCGACCAAGCCCAGGAAGCAGUACAAGAUGGCCAAGGAGCUGAGGGGGGACGAUGGGACCAUAGAGAAGCCAAAGAAGGCCAAGGACUCAGAGAGGCAGGUGGACCAGACCACACCGGGAAAGACUAAAUCAGAUGCCACUGGUCUGACGCAGCCUCCUAGCCAGGGACCCUCAAGGGAUAGCACAGAACAGCUGGGCCCAACAUCUGGGCCCUCUUUGCCAUUCAUGGGUGCUAGCGGCUGUCCAGAGGCCUACAAGCGGCUCUUGUCCAACUUUUACAGCAAAGGGGCACAUGGUAUCAUGUCACCACUGGCCAAAAAGAAACUCUUGGCCCAGGUCAGCAAGGCAGAAGCCUUGCAGUGCCAAGAAGAGGGCUGUCGUCAUGGAGCAAGGAGCCCCAGCAGAGACCUUCAAGAAAGUCCCCAGAACCUAAGAGGGCCAGCUGAGAACUCUGAACACCAGCAAACCCCUCAGGAAGAAUUGCUGCCCCCCAGUGGCAGCACCAAGGUGGAGGUGCAGGAGGGGCCCCGCCCCACAGCCCCGACUUUCUCAGGCUGUUUUCAUGCCUACCCAACUGAAGUGCUGAAGCCUGUCAGCCAGCACCCCAGGGACUUCUUCUCUGGCCUUAAAGACAGGGUGCUGUUGGAACGGCCUGCUAAAGAGGAAGGGCUGUCAACCAAAGAGCCCCAGCUGGUGUGGGGUGGGGAUGCCAACCGCCCCUCUGCAUUCCAUAAAGGCAGCUCCAGAAAAAGAAGCUUCUACCCCAAGCCCAAAGCCUGUUGGGUGUCCCCCAUGGCCAAGGUUCCUGCGGAGAGCCCUGGAGCCCUACCUCUCCUCCCCAGUAGCCCAGGCCUUGGCAACAAGCGCAACUUGGAAGAAGAGGGCUUUGCUCAUGGUGGCAAGAAACUGAAGGCGGUGUCUCCCUUUCUGAAGGAGGUGGAUGCCAAGGAGUGUGGGGGCAAGCCUACAGCACCUGGCAUGGCGGUAUCCUGCCUACUGGGCCCAGCCCUGGGGCCCACUCCUCCAGAGGCCUACAGGGGCACCAUGCUGCAGUAUCCUCUGAACUUUGCCAGUAGCCCAGACCCUCUGAAGGGCCAGGCCACACUACCCUUCAGUCCCCUGGUCAUCCCGGCUUUCCCAGCCCAUCUCCUGGCUACGACAGGCCCCUCACCUAUGGCUACCAGCCUGAUGCAUUUCCCCCCCACGUCCUAUGAUACCGUCCUCCGCAACAGACUGGGCCCAGCUUCAUCUGCCUGGCACAUGCCACCUGUCACAACCUAUGCGGCACCUCACUUCUUCCACCUCAACACCAAGCUGUAGGUCGGAGCCUGUUGUGGUGCGCUGUGAGGAUCUGAUGGGUCCUCAGGAGGGCAGGUGCUGCCGGGAACCUCAGGCCAGAGCCCACUGCCUGGAAGUCGAUGUCCCCCGCCCGCUGGCACUGAUAGGGGUUGUCAGUAGGCUUGUCUCAACAAAUCAGCCUGAGCCCAAAGCCCGGGAACCAAGUUGUGGUAAAAUCACAAAAGUACCUGAGCUAGAAGUAUUCUCUCUCUACAGAGGCCAAGAGGACUGAAAGGCUACGGAGCUAGAUAGCAGCUCAAGGCAUCCAGGCUGGCCAUGAAAAGUCCAAUCCAAAGACACUGGUGUGAUUGCCCUUGAGGUAGACAGGGCUUUUGCAAGGGGAGGUGAGGCAGGAGCAAGCUUACGGAUGCGGUCACCUGUGUGGGAGCAAAGAUGAAACAACGCCAUUCUGGUCUGGAUGUUACCACCCCAUUGGGCAAUCUCAGCCUCUUCUGCCCGGAUGAACAGACAUGCUUGCUUUUGGUCCUGCUUCAGGGCACUUACCUGGCUGUCGGGGUUGUCAUGGCAUAACGCCCAGAGCUCACUGGUGACUUGGGAGACAUGAAAGAGGGACUGUGAGAUUCCAGUCCUCCAGGCUGAGCCACAGACCCAGUCCCAAGACUCUAGGAAGGGAGCUGCUUGCUUUAAGAGGUUCUUGCUGUGUUGUUCAGGUUAGUCUCAGACUCCUGGCCUACAGAAUUCCUGUUGUGGCCUUCACAGCAGCUGGGAUACAGUUGUGAAAGGAGGGAGGCUUCUGAGGGUACUACCACAAAACCCAAGUCAUCUGUCCCGGUGGUGGGUACGCUCGUAAACCCUGCUCCCUCGUGCUCCCGGUGACCUACCGCCAACACACCCACUUUCCUGCUCUCCAUACUGGAUUUGGGGUGAGGGGCCCCAUCUCUGCCUGGGAAUCUGUUGCCAAGCCGCAGUAAGUUUCAGCUGUGUUUGCUCCAGGGGCCCACAGAGAAACCCUGUGGUUUAGCACCCUCCUCCCUUAGAGAUAGCUUGAUCUGCCAGUCCCAAGGAGACUGUCAGUACAGCUUCAAAACUGCUCCCGGGAAGGUAGUGCCACCAAGGCCCAGAGAUGCCAGGGUGCCAGUGAACCGGGUUAGCAGAUGGUUACUGACCUGCAUCAUGGGAACGCAUCCUGUUCUCAACCUCAGGCCAUGGGUAGGAGGGCAAGAUUUUAUGCCCCCCUUAGUUCACAGGUGGCAUGGCUAAGGCCAGGAUCAGGAAGUGUCAUUGAGGACGCCUGGUUUGGGGAAAUGGUGGUCAGGGAAGGUGAGGGGAGCUGUAGCAUAGGUGUCCUCCAGGACCAGGUAGCCAGAGGGAGGAGGGGUGUCCAGUGAUGCGCUCAAGCAUAUUCCAGAUCCCCCCUUCCUUCUGGAGCCACUGAGGUGCUGGCCUGUGUCUGCGGAUGACUAGCCCUGAGCAUCUGGCUGCCCCACUGCACCCAUGUGCUGCGGACUGCAGUGGUGGCGCCCUCUGUAGGCACAUUUGGAGAAUGCACAUCUGGUGAGAUAGAAGAGUGGAUGGAUUCCUGGGCUGGACUCUGUUACCUCUGUCUAAGCAAAGACACUAGAAAUGAACACAAGUCGGGCUUCUUGGAAACCUUUGGAACUCUGCAUUGAACACCCGCGUAUCUGCCUCCUUCCCACUGUGAAUGACUCCAAACACCAUGGUAGCUGAUGGGGGUGCAUGCCACACACAUCUCCCCAUGUCUGUACGCGUCCCCGACAGGCUGCCCCAGAGGGCCUGCAGGCCAGCAGAAGAAGUCUCAGUGUCAGUGUUCAGUGCAUAAUUUGUGUUCGGGGUCUACAUUCAAAUCUUUCAUGGCAUUUGAGCUGCCAAUGGGGGGAGGAGGCAGAGGCCACCCUGGUUUGGUGCUGAUCCUGCUCCUACCUGUCUGUGGUCCCAGCUCCUUUUCCUGGUACCAGCUUAAGUGUGAUGAGUUAGGCAUUCGGCAGGCAAUGCCUUUGUUUGCUGCCCCUUUAACUGUCUUGGGUGUUCACCUUGGUGGCCUUAAGUAUGCAUUACCCGCACUGGCCUGGUGUCACCACCAGGGUUUUAAACAGUGGCCGAGAGUGUCCUCUAGAAGACCUUGAGAAUGGCUAGAGGGGGUGACAGAAAAGCCGAGCAGCAAGUCCUCAAGGGAGUGGCCAGAGCAUGGGGUCCAGGAGCCAAGGGGCCUGUGGGGUUGGGACAGAGGGACCCAGAGGUGACUCAGGCUGUUUGGUGCCUUCUAGGCCGGGGGCGGUUGGGCUUUUACACAAAAUAAAAGAAAGAUGGAAGAGCG